GUCCGUUGCCGCUGUAGCAACAGCUAACCUUAUAUCUCCUGUCCUGUAGGGGGCUGUAGAGUAUGUUUUCUUUGUUGCUUUAUUUCGGCUCUAUCUAGGUUGAUCCCAAACGACUUCCUAUCCCUAUGUUGGCGAGCUACAUAGGGUUCACAAACCAUUACCCUGUAGCCGAUGUAGUGUCCUUACAGUCUAAUAGCGAUCUGUUUUUGAGACACAGCCUUAGUGUGGAUCGUCGUCUUCGGUGUCAUAGCAAGCCAGAGUGCUGUGGAGGACGUAUACUGUCGCUGAUAUUUAAAUAAAACGUGUUGGGGGGAGAAAAAGAAGAGUAAAAUGACCAAAUUAGAGCAGUUAAACGUGUUCCUGAGUGAGAGACUGUCGGCGGCGGUGAAGGAGAUUCUCGACACAGUGAGCAGGAUGAUGAAGGAGUACGAGGAGGAAACGGCGCGGAUAAUGAAAGAGAACGAUUAUCUGAAGGAAAUGUUAAAGGUUACAGGAUGCAGUUUUACAGAAACAAAUCCGGGUGGCAUCCCUUCUGUGUUGUUUGGAAAACAAGACAGUGCUGCAAACUUACAGCAGGAAGCAGAGCCCCUGGAGAGUUUGAGCCAACAACGAGAAGCAAAGAAAGAAAAUACAAGCAUAAAAUCAGAGCAUCCCACCCCUCGGUACUCAGCGAAUGCUGACUCCGAGCCUGAAACCCGACCCACAGACGACACAGCGGAACCUCCCCAAUGCACCCCUCUGUUUAACUCUAACACUGUAGAUCAGGACGUGAUAGACUUUGAGUUCCCCAUAAAAGUCAAAGUUGAGUCAAUGAAUAUAGAGUCACACUCGGGUGAUGCCACAGACAAUUUGGAUGCCAGCAACCAGAGCUGGUCUCCACAGAACUGGGAUAUGUUUUCAGAAAGGAGUUAUCAGAACAGAGUACAACAAGGAGUCGGUCUGCAUCCGUACACCACCGAUGGUUCUCGUUCCACAGAAACCACAAUUCAAAGCCAUCCUGUGGAGUUCCAAGCGGCAUUCAGCUACACAAACCGGACCAUAUGCAAUAACAGGCUACACUGUACCAGCAGAUACUGUGAACUUCAGAAAAGGACAACGUCUAAAUCAAGCCCAGUGUGGCAGUAUUUCUCACUGAAAGAGGGCGAUUGUAGUAAGGCGGUGUGUCUGAUGUGCAAGGCGGUAAUAUCUCGUGGAGUUAAAGAGUACACAACAUCAGCACUGUUAAAACACCUCCGUAUGAAACAUGGCAAAUGUUAAUCUCUAUUCUUUUUUUGUACUUUUGUACUCAUGAAUCAGUAAUUUACCAUUACAAAGAAACAAAUAGGUCAUUAUUUACAGUUAUGAAUAAUACCAAUGUCUCUAAUGUAGUAAAUCUACACUAAACAAAUGUAGUUCAUUUACUUAGCAUUGAUUCUGAUUGAUGACGCAGCUGAUGCUGGUACAAUACCUCCAUGUGGUUUUACUGAGAUACAACUCGUGUAUUUAAAAAUAUCCUUUCGAUUAGUUAUAGACAUGAACAUGUAAAAAUGCCAUGAAUGCUUCUGGAUCUAAACAUAAAAGACUGAUUUAAAGUAAACAAGAUUUACUGUGUUACCGCUGUAUGUAGCCUGGGUUAUAAAGAAAAUGAUACGUGGGACAUAAAGAUAUGUACGAGACAGGCUUUCAGGGAUAUAUGCGAUAUGAUCUGAUUGUGCCAUGUGAGUGGGGAUUCUCCAUAAUUUACUUAAUACUGAUGAAUAUUUGCAUUUUUACUUUUAUGGUAAAACAGACAAGAGCAGUGUAAAUAUGCACAAGUUUUGAGUUUCUUGCAUCAUUGGUGAUACACAGAGGGGUGACAAAGGAAAAAAGAGUCAGCCUUGACUGUUAUGGGGUUAUUUUUGAUGGAGUAGUGUUUAUCCACCCCGCCAGUAAUGUUUUAAUGACAUGCAGAAUCUGUGCCAAAGUGCCUUCUGGGAACAGUUAUAGAUUCACCUUGGGUUUCUGAGGUGAUGGUUAUAAAGUAUUACACAGCUAUCUAUAAUCAGUUGGCUUUGUCACCUACCUUAGUCCAUAUUAUUACUUGGAUCAGAGCGAUUAUUCUGGGUCAGCAUUGUUACUGAUACAACUUAUUCAUAUCCAAACAUAUUCAUAAAAAUGUUAAGAUAACAACUUUACUGUAUUUUGUUUGUUUAAGAGCAGAUGAUUAUAAAGCUCAGAAAGUGAUAAUGAUUGAACCUUGACCUCUGGUGGAUCUGAAAUGUGUUUUGUUUUCAUGGUAUAAUUUGAACAUGCUUUGUACUUGCAAAGGAGGGAAGCAAACUUUUACACAACAUGUCUAACAUCUAUCUGUACAAAUCCAUUAUUUUAAGAAAAAGUAAUGGUGUCAUCUUACAGCUUUAGGGUUUCCAGGUUUGAUCCCAAGCUCGGGUCACAUCAUCUUCUAUCUUCACAUGGGCUUCCUCUGAGUUUUUUUGGUAUCCCCCUAUAACAUUAAUAUAAUAUAAACCUAUCAGCAGUUCACAGGUUGUCCCUCCUUGUCCUGUCUUUGGAGGUACUAACCACUGCAAAUUGGAAGCACCAUACAAGAUCUGCUAUUUUAAAGAUACCUGACCCAGACAAGUAGCCAUCACAGUUUGACCCUUGUCAGCGUCUGUGACAUGUCAAUAUCUGUGCUUUGUGUCUUGUGCCAGUUGUUUCUUCUUCCAGUACAUCAUCUUUAAGAACUGUUUACUUGCUGCUUAAUAUACUAUACACCUGAACAGGUGCCAUUGUAACAAGAUAGGCUGGUAAUCCCAGCACUAGAACCUCACCACAUGUCUUUUUUCAGUAGUUUCUUGGAAGGUCCCAGAGCAGCCAUUUUCAAAAAUGUCUGCUCCGACCCUUUACUUUCUUCUUGUUUGCUUCAAAAGGCAAUAUUAUACUAGCUCCAAUAGGCAGGAAUCCCUACAUGUCUGGUGUUGGUAGUUAUGAAAACAUUAGAGGUGGUUGCUUCUCCAUCCUGUUCUACCUGUACAUGAGGUCCUCUGCUGAAUGAUAGUAGGAAGAUGUGUAAUGUAGAUAUAUCAUUUCACUUAUGUCACAGCUGUGGAGCUCAUUAUGGAUGUAUGGUCUCUGCUGUUUGCACUAUAUUAAUACAGGAACAAGACUGCAAGUCAAUAAGUCUGCUGCAGUGGUAACAAGUUGACUUCAGAAAAGAAAUGUUCUUAAACAGAUCAUUAUUACACUACAUUAUGGUACCUAUAACGAGUUCAGUAAAGGGUGACUUACUGCAACAGCUAAACAUUUUUGAACUUUAGUACAAGUGUUGACAUCCGUCCCGGUGGCCUCAUUAGCUGUCUGGUUUUAUUCACACACAACAAAAGAGAAGAUGAAUCUACAGCCACCAUCCGGUCAGCAGAGAGGAUCAUUUGCAGCAACCUGGCAUCAGUCAUUACUUUGACAAUACAGGCAAAAGCAAAGAAAGAAGACAAAAUUGCCACCAAUCUGACAUGCAGUUUAAACAAGCCAAUGUGACAGGAAAGAAAAACACUAAAAUUCACUUAAAUUCUCUGAAGAAGAAACUGAGACCAUACACAUAAGUUUCCACAUAAGUGUAUAGGCAGGGAAGUGGAAUGGUACAUGCAAAUAUUCUACACCAAACAUACACAUAAUAAUAACAAAUUAAAUUAAACACAUACUGUAGUAUAUAGUAAUAUAUAAAGAAUUAGUAUUGUAUUACUAUUAUCCUUUGUUGAUUUACAUUUUGUUGUAAUUUUUUUCUUAAUUUUUAUUUUAGUAUUUUUUUAUUACUCGAAUUAUUUUCUCAUAAUUUAUAUUACUGCAUUAUGAUUUAUUAUACAGCUCAAAGCAAAUAAAAAAUAGGGACAUUGUAUAAAACAUGACUUGUAUAAUGAUUAUCACUGAACACUAAUAAAUAUCACUUACACUGA